AUGAGUGAGUUUAUGGAGUCUCAUUCCGUUUCUAAAUUGUUAGGUGCCCCCCCGGGUUAUGUGGGGUACGGUAGGGAUAGUGUUUUAUCUUCUAAACUUUCUGGGGAGAAAUAUUAUGUAGUUCUUUUUGAUGAGAUUGAAAAAGCGGAUAAAAAUAUAAGUGAUCUUAUGCUUCAGAUUUUAGAUUAUGGGAGGCUAACUUUAGCUAAUGGUUCUUUUGUUGAUUUUGGGUUAUCUGACUGUAGUAGAGUUUUCGAUAAGUUUAUUUAUGAUUUUUGCAUGAGUAGUCGUAAGGAUUUUGUGUUGAACUCUUAUAAUAAGUUAUAUGGGUCUAGGCCCCUUAAAAGGAAUAGUGAGGUUUUUUUUGAUUUUAUAAGUGGUGUUGAGGAUAUUUUUAAGUCAGGUGGGGUUGUUGAUUUUUUUAUUUAA